UAUUACAUUAUACUCAUGGGCAUUUCGAUUUUGUUUUUGUCUACAGGUAUUGUUUCGUCCAAUAACUUGUGGAGCGCAAGACUGAGACACCAAAGACAUCUGUUGGACAAGACGCCGAUCGCAGAACCGUACAUAUCCAAUGAAUACACCACGAAUCCGGACAACCGAGGAUUUGGUCCAAAACUUGGAUUGACGGUACAGGACAACCACAAGCCGGUGUUUACGAGCUGUUUGAAUUACCAGCCCAGCGUCAAGGAAGAACAACCGACCAACACUUAUGUGUUCACCGUCAAAGCGUUCGACAAGGACCCACCGGACAAUGGAGGUACAAUCACGUACACAUUUGUCAGCGCGCCCGGCGAACGUCCAAAGUUCUCCAUCGACGCACAGACCGGGGAGAUCACCACCCGACACAUGUUCGACCGAGACGAACCGACUCGCGAGAAAGAAGUGUACCUGUCUGUGAGAGCCACGGACAACGGGAAACCGCACCUGGACGACGUGUGCACCAUCAAAGUGACCAUUCAGGACGAGAACGACAACUCACCGGUUUUCGACAAAGUGAACUACGUUGAAUCCGUACCCCAAGACUUGCUGUCCAAAAGCGAAGUGAUGAGGAUAUCGGCUACGGAUAUUGACGAUGGUAUAAACAGUGCCAUACAAUACGAUCUGUCGCCCAGAAUGCCUCAGGACUCGAAUUAUUUCCGAAUCGAUCAAAACACAGGAGUCAUCUACUUGGAUCGCGCAAUCGACCGAGAUCCUGGCUACAAGUUCAAGAUGCGGGCCACAGCCACAGAUCAAGGUUUGGUUCCCAAGUCGGCCACGAUGGAUCUAGAGAUCUUGGUGGUCGAAUCGCACAAAAAAGCACCGACUUUCAUAUCCGUUCAACCCGACGGAAUCAUUUAUCUACCGGAAAAUCUGACUAAUUUCAGUUUUGACAUUGCCACCAUCAUCGCAGCAUCGAACACUGAUGAAAAAUCGCCGGUUUUCGAAUUGGUGCCUGGCCGGACGGAACAAUCAAAUAAAUUGAACACUUUCCGAUUGGAAUCCGAAGGCAACACCGCUCAUAUCAGAUUAUCGAGACACAUGGACUACGAAUCGAUAUCCGAGUACAUUCUUAACAUUCGAAUACAGAACAAGCACAAUCUGGCGGCGGAACACCAGUUGAACAUCCAAGUGGAAGACGUAAACGACAACAUACCGGUGUUUACCGAGGUCGUGUCGGGUUCCGUUUUGGAGAACGAACCGGCCGGCACAGCCGUAAUGCAGGUCCGAGCGAUCGACGCCGACUCGAGCAUGGCCAACAACCGCGUCACUUACGAGUUGGCCGACAACCGUGAUUACUUCGCCAUCGACCCGUACACCGGUAACAUAACCACGGUUGUGAUGUUCGACCGCGAGAAACAAGACGUGUACAACGUCAAGGUGAUCGCUACGGACAACGCGCCCUCUGCGCUGUACUCGACCGGUGAACACAACAAGGGCGAACAAGUGUUCCGGAUCGAAAUCGCCGACAAAAACGACCAUCCCCCUCAUUUCACGCAGUCCGUCUACGAAGCCGAAGAAAUACCGGAAGACGCCAACUUGAAUGCUCUGGUCACGGAAGUAAAGGCCUUAGAUGACGACACCGCGUCCCCAGUCACUUACAGCAUCGUGGAUGGCAACAUCUACAACGCGUUCCUGAUCGAAAACACGACCGGAAAAAUCAAAGUUAACAGUCAGCUGGACUACGAAAACAUCACUAACUAUGUAUUGAAAGUGAGAGCUUUUGAUGGAGCUUACGAGGACUACUGCACUGUAGAGAUAAAAAUAUCUAACGUCAAUGACAACCCUCCAGUGUUCCAGCCGUACGAAGGGAACAUCACAAUCACUGAAGAAGAACUCGUGCCGGGUUGCAUUACUACGUUGGAAGCAUACGAUCCAGAUAUUCAGGACCGAUCCAUGGAUCAGCGUAUCGUGUACUCUGUAGUCAAAGAUGACCAACGAAAGUUAAUGACCAUCAACAAAAACGGAUGUCUAUCACUCAUAAAACCCCUUGACCGUGAUCCUCCAAAUGGUUAUGCUACGUGGCAAGUGAUCAUACAAGCUAGCGAUGAAGGUGGUGGUCCAAAGAGCUUGCAACAAACCACAGAAGUCAUCAUUGCACUCAGAGACAUUAACGACAAUGCACCAUAUUUGGAUAUGCCCCAACCAGUAGUUUGGCGUGAGAAUCAAUUAUCCGGAACAAUUACACGACUGGCCGCCAAAGAUAAUGAUGGACCUGAAAAUGGUGCUCCAUUUGAUUUUGCCAUCUCUAAUGAUGCCUCGUACGAAAUUAAGACAAAAUUCGGAAUUUCAGGCGUUGAACUACAGGCGUUAACCACGUUUGAUCGUGAAGAGAAAAAGUUUUACAAUAUACCCAUAACAAUAACUGAUAGUGGAAUACCUAGUUUAACGGGGACGAGUACACUCCAAGUGGUAAUAGGUGAUGAGAACGACAAUGCCAUGAAGCCUGGAAGGAGCUCCAUAUUUGUUUACACAUAUAAAGGUGAAUCUCCUGACAUGGAAAUUGGACGUGUGUAUGUUGAUGACUUGGACGACUGGGAUUUGCCUGACAAAAAGUUCAAGUGGCUACAUGGACCGCAUGAACGCUUUGACCUUAAAUCAGAAACUGGAAUGAUUACUAUGCUACAAAAUACCAAAGAACAGACUUUUGUUUUGGAGUUUGAAAUCACAGAACAAGGAAUAAAGAUCCCCAGACAUACAGUAAAUUCGACUGUUGUUGUAACUGUUAAGGAGAUACCUGAAGAAGCUGUUGAUAAGUCAGGAUCAGUUAGGUUAGCCGGAAUUUCAGCUGAAGAGUUUAUUACCCCUGGUCCGGACAACAUAAGUAAAGCAACUAUCUUAAAGAAACGGUUGGCUUCAAUUUUAAAUGCCACUGUUGAAAAUGUUGAUGUAUUUACUAUUUUGCAUUCUCCUCACAAUCCCAACACUACCCAAUUGGAUGUACGUUUUUCUGCUCAUGGUUCCCCAUAUUAUCAACCUGAAAGGAUCAAUGCUGCUAUUGAUAAACAUCAAGUAGAGCUUGAAAAAGAGUUAGGUGUCACUUUUCUCAUGGUCAACAUUGAUGAGUGUCUUGUUGAAAAACUUUAUUGUGAAUCAUCUUGCACAAAUUUCUUAAACAAAAGCAACGAACCAGCCGCUGUAUACACAAAUACCACAUCUUUUGUUGGGAUACGAGCUGUGAUAGAUCCAUUUUGCCAGUGUGAACAGAGGGCAACCACUAAAAUCACAUGUCAUAACGGUGGUACUCCAUCAUCAGAUGGUACCGCCUGUCAGUGUCCUUCUGGUUUUGAAGGACCUCGGUGUGAAAUACUCAGCAUUGGUUUUUACGGUGAAGGUUAUGCCUUGUAUCCAUCCUUACAAUCCUGUAUGGAGUCCCACAUGUCAUUGGAAGUGCGCACCUCUGUUGACAACGGUCUAUUAUUUUAUGCUGGGCCCAGCAGCGUCAAACCUUCUCCACUGUCUGUACAAGAUUUCAUGUCACUGGAGCUCAAAGAUGGUUACCCCGUACUUUUGGUAGACUAUGGCUCGGGCACACUCAAAAUUGGACAAAAACAAAUUAAAAUAUCUGACGGAGAACCACAUCGCAUCGAAAUUAUUUGGACCAAAACUAGCAUUGAAAUGAAAGUGGACAGCUGUAAUCUUCCAUCAUGCUUAAGCCUUAGCCCUCCAAUAGGAAUCAAUGAAUAUUUAAACGUCAAUGGGCCUUUACAACUUGGUGGAUCGUUUGUUGACCUUAAAUCAAUCGCAGCCACGCGCAAUUGGACUCAUAAACCUUUAAGCAAUGGAUUCAAUGGUUGCAUACGUAAUUUAACUUUCAACGGUCAUCUAUACAAUUUGGGCGCUCCUAGUAUGUCUCGCAAUGUUGAUUUUUCGUGCACACACGGUACUGCAGUUGCUGUGUCAUUUGGUAUUGACGCUAGCUUCUUGAUAGCCAUUUUUGUGUGUCUAGCUGUCUUGUUGAUAUUGCUGCUAGCAGUAGUGGUGCAUAGAAGAAAGUCUGAUGAUUUAUACAAAGACACCGAUGACAUUAGAGAAAACAUAAUCAACUAUGAAGAUGAAGGUGGCGGCGAAGGAGACAUGACCGGUUAUGACUUAAACGUUUUGCGGCUUAUGUAUGAUGGCUCAGAACCUGUACAAGGAUUUGAUGAUGCUGGAAACUUAUUACAAAAACGUGCUCCAGAUGAAGUUCCUGAUAUUUGUGGUUUCCUUGGUGACAAACUGAACUCCGUAGAUAAUGAUCCAGAUUUAGGUCCGUAUGAUGAUGUCCGCAAUUAUAUGUAUGAAGGUGAAGGCAAUUCAGUUGGAUCACUUUCAUCAUUAGCUUCAGGAACAGAUGAUGGAGACUUAAACUUUGAUUACCUUUCUAACUUUGGACCUCGAUUCCGCAAACUGGCUGAUAUGUAUGGCGAAGAUCCAAGUGAUGAAGAAAGUGAAACGUACCGCAAUACUCAUCCCGAGUCGUGGUGCUAACACGCAUUUGAAAUUCGCUCUGAAUAAUCAGUUACCGGUGCAUAUGUUAUCUGUAAGGUUAUAUAGCGAGUACAUACCUAGACUUAAGUACCGACUAUAUAAAAUAUUUAAAAAUGAAUCAUUUGUACAGAGAGUUGACUGUGCUCUAAUGACAAUUAUCUAAUAAUAAUAUUUACUAUAAAUAUUUUUAUUUUCAUUUUACUAUUAAUUGUUUUGUGUAUUAUUGACAGUAACGAAGUCAAAUUUUUGUGUAUGAAUUCAAAAAUUGAUUCGUGAUCUCAACAACAGACUGCUUUAGUCUAAUUAUAUUAUUUUCUCUUUUUUUUUUUUUUUUGUAACAAAAUCACAAAUCUUUGUAGGCGUCAACAUUAAACUAUGUAUAAUAUUUGUUUCGCUUAUGCAAUGUUUACAAUUUAAGUUAAAUUGCUUCCCAGUAAUUACUUGCAUAUUUUUCUAUAGAAUUUUAUGAAAUUCUCAGAUUUCUAAUUUUCCAGGGAACGGGUUUUUCCCCUGUGAUUGUGGUUUCGAAAAAUUUGAUCCUAAAAUAUUGUUACUCAAUGUGUUAUUGGCGAUUGAUGUUUAUUUUUUUAGGUACUUAAAUGUUUUUAAUAAUAUUUGUAUACUGCCAUUGGAUCAUUUUGAACUAAGAACUUUUUACACGCAUUGUACUUAUUUGUAAAUAUAUGAAAAAUCAAUCAGGGUUAAUUAUUAUGCACACAUCGGCAUACAGAAUUCAAUUGACUAAGAGAUAACCGUAAAAUAUGAUGUCUAAAAAUCAAAAUAUUUUUAACUCCAUUCCAUAUUAUUUUAAUCAUAGUUUAUAUUUUACUACUAUACUUUUUGCUUGAACACUGUAAUACUUAAUAUUAUUAUAUUAUUAUUACAACAUUCGACUAUGGUACAUAUAAAACUUAGGAGAUACCCACGUGUUAAUUAUAUACAAUAUUCAAUUUUUUAUUAUUUUUAUUAUUGUAGAUUAUUACUUCGUUAAAUCAAAGAUUUUGUUGAUUUUUUUUUUAUGUGUUUUUGUAUCCUCAACAAAGAACUAUAUUAUUAUUUUAUAUUUAUAUACUAUAAAAACUUGGUUAUUAGAAUGUAUUUUCUUUUAUCCUCAUAGGAAGUUUGUAGUAAGUUCAUUAAAAUUAUUUUUUUUUCCUCUAAAAUUAUUUGUUAGUUUGUAUGAAUUAUUAUUUUGUAUUGUUGCCAUUUGUGAUAUGUACUUUAUUAUUUUGAAAACCUUGUAAAGGAUGGACAAACAUUUUAUUUAUAUUAUAUUAAAAAAAAAAAAAGAAAAAACAUUCCAUUUGAAAAUAAUGUUGUCGAUGCGCAUAUCUGUGCAGAUAAACGACUGAAAACUUAUAAGAUAAUAUUAGUUUUAAACUAAGAAUUUUUUUUAUUAAAUUUAUCAUAUUAUGUCUUAUAUAAACUAUACAUAUUGUAUUUGUUAAGUUGUAUUAAUUAAGGUGUACAUUUAGGGUAAACAAAUUAAAUCCAUAUAAUUUAAUCACCCUUUUUUUUUUGUACCUACCGUCAUGUAUUAUUUAUACACCUAUACGUUUAUAAAUGACAUUGAUCAAGAAC